AUGGAAGACACUGUUAUGGAAAAACAUCUUGGGAAAGAAACUCUUAAGGAAGAAUUUAUGGUGCAAGAAUCUAAUGAUAGAGGAGAAACUAUUGUGGAGGAACCUGUUACACACGAAAUUGUUGUAGAAGAAUAUCUUAUGGAAGAACAAGAGCUAGAAGAAUAUCUGGUGGAAGAACAAGAGGUCGAAAAAUAUUUGGUGGUAGAACAAGAGAUCGAGGAACAUCUGCUGGAAGAACAAGAGUUAGAAGAACAUCUGUUGGAAGAACAAGAGGUCGAAAAAUAUUUGGUGGUAGAACAAGAGAUCGAGGAACAUCUGCUGGAAGAACAAGAGUUAGAAGAACAUCUGUUGGAAGAACAAGAGGUCGAAGAACAUCUGCUGGAAUAA